GUUUUUCGCAAAAAUGACCGACAACGUGCCCGUCGCCGAGCUAGAAAAGUUGGAUUUGAAGCAGCAAAAGGCAUGAAAUUGUUAAGUUUUUAAUCGAAACUCGCACCAAGAACUGUCCGCCACGAGAAUGCGCCUGCUGGCGGUUCUGGCCGGGUGCAACCGAGUGGCCAACGCGAGGUUUAGUUUUGGUGGUAGAUUGAUUGCUCUGAAUCAGCAGCAGCACCAGCAUCAAAGGCAACAACAACAACAACAGAUCCAUCGUCGUCAGCAAGUGGGAGAAUUCCGGUGCCGCGAAUUUGCCACACUGGCUAGCAAGAUGAAGAAGGAGAAGCAGAAGAACCAACAGGAAAAGGCCGCCGCAGCGGGAGAAAACUCCAAACCAGCCGCGGCCACCGCAGCAGCCACGGCAGCUCCCGCUGCCACUGGCCAGCCGGACUACAUCGACCAUCGCAUCAAGAUGUACGACGAGCUGAAGGCCCAAUAUCUGGACGAGCUGUCGAAGAAGCCCAAGACGCCCAUCACCGUAACGCUGCCGGACGGCAAGGAGGUGCAGGCCACCAGCUGGGAAAGCACCCCGUACGAUGUGGCCAAGGGCAUUAGCCAGGGCCUGGCCGAUAAUACGGUGAUUGCGCGCGUCAACAACGAGCUGUGGGAUUUGGACCGGCCGCUGGAGGGUAACUGCAAGCUGCAGCUGCUCAAGUUUGACGAUCCGGAGGCGCAGGCCGUGUUUUGGCACAGCUCAGCGCACAUUCUGGGCGAGGCGAUGGAGAAGCGCUACGGUGGACAUCUCUGUUACGGACCACCGAUCGAGAACGGAUUCUACUACGAUAUGUGGCUGGAGGGAGCUGGUAUUUCCAACUCGGACUACGGUGCCCUCGAGACCGACGUCAAGAAGAUCGUCAAGGAGAAGCAACCGUUCGAGCGGCUCGAGAUGAAAAAGUCCGACCUGCUCAAGAUGUUCGAGUACAACGAAUUCAAGUGUCGCAUCCUGAACGAGAAGGUGACCACGGAAACGACCACGGUGUACCGCUGCGGACCGUUGAUCGAUUUGUGCCGUGGACCGCACGUCCGUCACACCGGCAAGGUCAAGGCACUGAAGGUGGUCAAGAACUCUUCUACCUACUGGGAGGGCAAGGCCGACGCCGAGACGCUGCAGCGCGUGUACGGAAUCUCGUUCCCCGAUCCGAAGCAGCUCAAGGAGUGGGAAAAGAUCCAGGAGGAGGCGGCCAAGCGUGACCAUAGGAAGUUGGGCAAGGAGCAGGAACUGUUCUUCUUCCACGAGUUGUCGCCGGGUUCGUGCUUCUUCCAGCCGAAGGGAGCUCACAUCUACAACACGUUGAUGAACUUUAUCCGUGCGGAGUACCGCAAGCGUGGCUUCCAGGAGGUCAUUUCGCCGAACAUCUACAACGCCAAGCUGUGGCAAACAUCCGGCCAUUGGCAGCAUUACGCCGAGAAUAUGUUCUCGUUCGAGAGUGAGAAGGAAACGUUUGCGCUGAAGCCGAUGAACUGUCCGGGUCAUUGUUUGAUCUUUGACCAUCGGAAUCGCUCGUGGCGCGAGUUGCCACUGCGCAUGGCCGACUUUGGUGUGCUGCACCGUAACGAGCUAUCCGGAGCGCUGACCGGGUUGACCCGUGUCCGUCGCUUCCAGCAGGACGAUGCCCACAUCUUCUGCAUGCCCGAGCAGAUCCGUGAGGAAAUUACCGGCUGUUUGGACUUUUUGAAGCACGUCUACGGAGUGUUUGGAUUCACGUUUAACCUAGUGCUGUCGACCCGCCCGGAGAAGUACCUGGGAGAAAUUGAAGUUUGGAACGACGCUGAGAAGGCGCUUGCGGAAUCGCUGGACAAGUUUGGUGAACCGUGGAAGGAGAACCCCGGCGAUGGCGCUUUCUACGGCCCCAAGAUCGACAUCACCAUCAUGGAUGCCCUGAAGCGUGCCCAUCAGUGCGCCACCAUCCAGUUGGACUUCCAGCUGCCGAUCCGUUUCAAUCUGAACUACAUCGACGACAACGGUGAGAAGAAGCGACCGGUUAUCGUGCAUCGCGCCAUUCUCGGUUCGGUGGAGCGCAUGAUCGCCAUCCUGACGGAGAACUACGCCGGCAAGUGGCCCUUCUGGCUGUCUCCGCGCCAGAUCAUGGUCGUGCCGGUUGGGCCAGCGUACGACGAGUACGCCGACAAGGUGCGCCUGCGGCUGCACGACGCCGGCUUCAUGGCCGAAGCCGACCUGGACGCGGGCGAUACGAUGAACAAGAAGAUCCGUAACGCCCAGCUGGCGCAGUUUAACUUUAUUCUUGUGGUCGGCGAGAAGGAACGCAGCUCGGAGACGGUAAAUGUGCGCACCCGGGACAACAAGGUUCACGGCGAGGUGUCGGUGGAGGAGCUGCUUGUGAAGCUUCGCCGUCAGGCGGAUGAGUUUAUCAAGAAUGAGGAUCAGUUCUAAGCUCAGAAAAAGACAUUUGGGUGGGAUCGCCGCGGCGCGCAUUUAAGUUAUGAUGGCAGAAAGUAUGUAAUACCCGUGCUACAAUUGUUUGAGAUGUGGGAAGUUUAGAAUGCUGGUAAUUGUAUCUGUAACCCUAAACAUUUUCAUUUUACAUUAAAAUUAUUAAAAUACUUUCUUCUUGAAUUGAAAUAAAGUUUCCAAGAGCUAAUAUU